AUGCCAAAUUCAGUAGAAGAUCAAACGGCGGCCCCCUCAAUCGAAGUCAAGAAUCUUACAUAUAAAUUCCCGGAUUCGACUUUGGGUCUGACGGAUAUUUCACUUAGUCUGCCGCCUAGUUCUCGCACUUUAAUAAUCGGUGCCAACGGUGCCGGCAAAACCACACUUCUCCGACUCCUCUCCGGCAAACGACUCGCCCCCACCUCCACAAUCUCAAUUUCUGGUCUUGACCCCUUCAAAGACUCUCUCGUCGGCGUCACCUACCUCGGACUCGAAUGGGUACUCAACCCCAUUGUACGAACCGACAUAGGUGUGCGAGAACUACUUGCUUCUGUUGGUGGCGACUACUAUCCACUGCGACGCGACGAGCUUGUUAUUGUUCUCGACAUUGAUUUAGAGUGGCGCAUGCACCAGGUAUCUGACGGAGAGCGUCGACGCGUACAGCUUGCUAUGGGAUUGAUACGUCCGUGGCGCAUACUGCUGUUGGAUGAAAUUACAGUGGAUUUGGAUCUGCUAAGUCGAAAAAGGUUUUUGGAUUUUCUGAAGGAGGAGACGGUUAAGAGGAAGUGCACGGUGGUUUAUGCGACGCAUAUUUUGGAUAAUCUGGCGGGGUGGCCGACGGAUUUGGUGCAUAUGAGUAUGGGGAAGGUGAAGGAGUGGGGAGGGAUAGAGAAGUUUGAGGGGGAGAUGGGUGGGGAUGAGAGUGGGAAUUCUAGGUUGGGAGAACUGGUUUUGAGGUGGUUGGCGGAGGAUUUGAAGGAGAGGGGUCCGAGGAAUAAGGCGGUUAAUGCGGGGACUAGUUAUUUGGUGGGUGGAGUAGGGGGGUAUGGGAGUGAGAAGAGGAUUUAG